AUGGUUCAAGUCACGAAAAUAAAAGAAUCUCCUGAAAAGCUUAAAGUUGGGGUAUUAGCACUUCAAGGCGCAUUCAUCGAACACAUACACAUUCUUCAGCGGUUUCCGCAGGUCUCUCUAGCGAUUCCAAUACGAACCGCCGACCAACUCUCGUCAGUUGACGCGCUGAUAAUACCCGGAGGCGAGUCUACAACGAUUGCACUCGUAGCCGAACGAUCAGGUUUAUUAGAACCGUUACGGGAAUUCGUUGAAAGUAAACCUACAUGGGGUACAUGUGCUGGAAUGAUUCUGUUAGCGAAUGAAGCUACGCAGACUAAACAGGGAGGACAAAAGUUGCUCGGUGGAUUGGAUAUUACAGUUACUAGAAAUAAGUUCGGGACUCAGGCUCCUCUUCAUAUAAACCAUGUAACAACAAAAUCUGGAAAUGACGACGUCUUUCCGGCAGUUUUUAUCCGUGCUCCAAUCAUAAGUCGAAUUAAUUCACUAGACGUGGAAGUGCUUGCACGGCUUGAGCAUACAAUUGGCGACACUGAUGCUUCGGCUAUAGUUGCUGUACGUCAAGGCCACUUAUUUGCCACCGCUUUUCAUCCUGAGUUGACUAAUGACGACCGAAUUCAUCAGUAUUUUGUUAGUUUGGCUUUGGAAUCCUUAAGAAAACGAUGUAGAAUAAUACAACAACAGAUAUAG